AAGUUAAAGAUGAAUGUUUGUAUUCCAGAAUCAAGCGUCGCGUGAAGUAUGAUGAUAAGCAUGAGCAUGAAAUAGGCACCUUAUCACAGCGAAGGCUUGUUGCUGAUGCAUAUUGGAGGACUCAAAAAACUGGAGACACAGUGAAUUUUUGGACAUGGUACAUCAAAGACAAUGUGCCCUUUACGAUUGAAAACUUUAAGAAAGUUGCCUCUAAAGACCUUGACCUCGACUGUGUGGAUGAAGAUGGCCAGCCAUUAUAUCCCUCAAUAUCGAGAAUACAGCCAGAACCACUCUUUGAUAUUAUUUGGAAUAGUAGCAAUCCUGCUUGGGUUCCAAGACAACCAACAAACAAACCACAGUCAAAGAUAGAUAUUCUUAAGGUAUGUUAAGUGAUUUAAGUACCCAUUCUAUUAUGAUUGAUGGAAAUAUGAAGAUAAAAAGGCUGAGCA